CUGCCAUCUGCCGCCUCGCCAAGCAACUAUAGUUGUGAUCCACUCAACAAACACAGUCCUCGUUCGAGACGUCUUAAAAGGAAAGAUAAGAAGCCGGAAGAGAAGAGACCACGAACAGCGUUUAGCGGCGAGCAGUUGGCACGCCUGAAACACGAGUUCACCGAGAAUCGUUACCUGACUGAGAGACGCCGAACAGAACUGGCGCGAGAACUGGGCCUGAACGAGGCCCAGAUCAAGAUCUGGUUCCAGAACAAACGCGCCAAGAUCAAGAAGGCGAGCGGACAGAAGAAUCCGCUGGCGCUGCAGCUCAUGGCCCAGGGGCUGUACAACCACAGCACCAUUCCGAUGACAAGAGAAGAGGAGGAACAAGCUGCCGCUGCGGAGGCAAACGCAGGCAAAUAGCCUCACAUCCAUCACCAAACUGCGAGACACUCAGCUUAAUCGUGAUUCUGCUAAUAGUAAUUUUGAAAGUGAGACAGUAUUUAAAGUGACUGUGAAAUGGAACAAUCGCUGACUAGCCUAAUGCGACACAUAAUACAAACCCAGGUUCUUCGAAUUAAAUCAAUGACUGCCCUUAUGUACGAAUUAGGAUGACGCAGAUAGAAACAAAGACAUUUCAGCGGAUUUAAUAAAAUUAAACAAAUGACGAGUUUCAGAACAUGAAGUUUCCUAUUUCUGUGUAAAGUUAUUUAAAGAAACAGCUUUAAAAUAUUCCAAAACCAUUGUUUUACCACGUAGAAUUCUUCCGCAAGGAGACUAUAAAACAUACCACAGAAGACUGUUACUGCCUUCAAGAAAAUUAUCACUUGCUUCGGAAUAUAUUUAUUUUAAAAGAAAAUCAUUAACACUGAACUGCACAUACAUUUAUUUUAACACAGAUUUUAAUUCGUCCUUGUAAAUGUCAUAUUAAAGUAUAAUGAUUACUGCAGCCAAAAAUUCUAAACUUAUCUAAUAGAACCAAUGACUAGUGCGAGCCAUGACAACUUAAUAAAGUAGCUUCCUUCCUGACACACAGAUUUUGGUCACCUAGCUGGGCUUGUAUUCUGUUUGUUCUUAAACUGAACUCUUGGUUUGCGUGGUUCAUUUCAGUCCUUUUAGAAAAAUCUAGGAUUAGUACUUUACGAAGGUGAGCUGGGAUAACUCGUCAGGAUAGUGACUGAGUAGGGAUUGGCCGACCGGGUUUUGAUCGCCGACAGGGGCAGUGGAUUUCUUCCUUAGCGUCUGCGUCCAGACCGGCUCUGGGGCCUAUCCAACCUCCUGUCCAAUUGGUACCCGGGUCCUUUCCCAGGCGUAGAACGUGACAGGUAGCCCACGCUUUGAUAUUCUUAAAUGUGUCAGUGGACCAUAAUCGGACAAGAAGCUGACCGUCUGUUUAGUCCCAUUCUGAGGCUAGUUGUCCCGAAAAUGCCGUGGGAAUUUUUCACGUUGGCAAAAACGAGUGACGGCCGCUGUGAUGUGAACCCCAGGGUGCUCCCUUUAGAAUGAAACCCAAAAUAAUCAUGUACUGCGAUAUAAAAAUUAUAUCAGAAACAGUGUAAUGCAUUUUAUCAACCUCCUCCGUUAUCACUCAAACCAUUGUCACGUUGUUUGCUAGGCCGCUGAUCAUCCAAUUUGCUCAAAAGUUGUACAUAUGCGAGCAUUCACGAGCAGAAUCAGUGAAAAUCCUUAACUACUGUUUAGCAUCAAAAUCGUUUGCUACUGCUCGUGAAACACGAUAUUGAACACAAUGUUUCGAACACUGCCCGAAACACGUAUAAAGGGUUGGAUGGUAGUCUCUGAUGGAGAUGUGGGUAUUCCGGCAUCUGCUGUAAAGUUUUUCCUUACAAAAAAAACAUAUAAAAACGACUCGUCUUGUUUUAAUGACAUCACUUAACUUACAAGUACUCUUACGGUUAGAGUUCCGUUUUGGAUGGGACAGUCUGUACUUCCCACAAGCAACUGUGUAACUUCAUGCAGGAGAGGUAACUAACACUUUGGCGGCACAACCCGGAGAUUCAACAUCACUAAUGUGAUAAGAUCCUGGUUCAGUUCCAUCCACCUCCGAUGCUCACUGCCUAUGUAGGAUUUGAGGUUUUCACGGGAGUGAGUCUGAAGAUGGCUAUCUUCUGGGUUGUUGCGCUGUGUAUUCUGAUAGAAGUAUACCAACGACCCAGGAAACAGCUAUCUUUGCUCACAGUCUAGUUCCCUGAAAUCCAUCUUAAUGUUAUCCUCACAACUCCUAAGUUUUGGUGUACAAGUAAAAUCUUCCAAAUGGUUUCUAGAUUAAUAUGUGAUUAUUAAAAUAUUUUUUUAUGACACUGUAAUGUAGAAAUCUGAUACUUAUUUAACCGUUUGCCCUAUUAACGAUGAUGUGACCGUAAUUAUUUACCGCAGUUAACAGUCAUUAAAAGAUUUAAAGAUUCACGAGUUAACUACUCUUCUUACCAGGCGGGGAUGUCAUGAAGCUGUUCCAUGAAUUUAAAAAUGUGUAGUUAGGUAAAUUUAUCUCUGGUUCGAGGGACAAAAGGGUAUAACAGCAAUUUCAGGAAAAUCCUAAAAAUAAAUGUUAUUUAUUUUGUAUUGUAGGCAUACACAACCAUAAUUUUACAAUUUAAGGAUGAAAUUAAAAUUCAGUUGACAAGUUUUACUAAAUUACUGAUAACACAAAAUAUUUCGUUUGUACUUUUUAUUAUUUCAAACCUCAUUUACCCGCGCACCAGUGAUAUUGUUGAAUAGAAUUGUAGCUAACCUUUCAGAUCCUGGUAUCGUUCCAAGAGAUGUCCUUUAGGCCGGCAGAAUCAGUUAGAAAUUAGGUUAUUUUAUAAAAGAAAUCUUAAGUUUUUUUGAGUAACAAACGAACAAAUACUGAUUCUUAUUCAGUUUAUCUUACCGGUGAAAUAUCUGAAGGUAACGCCAAGAGUUAUGAAGUUCUCAUAGAGAACACAUACUGAAUGUGAGGAUGUUCGGUUUAUAGAAUGUACAUAUAAAAAAAUUGAAGAAAAUAAAAUUCCUUUUGAAUUAAACGAUCUACGUUCUGCAGUAAGAAAUUCGAAGUUAAAAUUGGGAGUAGAUUAUAGUCAGUUAAUAAGUGAAAGUGUCAUACCGACGUCAUCGAAAUAAGUUAUGGAAUGAUUGAUUUCUUUGUUUAAGGUAAAUAUGUUGUGUGGAGUGAAAAGCAUUUGAUAUCAAGAACAAAGGUGCUCAAACUAACAUUACUAUGUUAACAAAACAUACUCACUCUCCACAGAAUGUGUGUUCGUGCGUCAUAAUCAGGGACCGUGGUUAGGAUCUUCACCUUGAAACGUAGGCACAAGGGAGUGAGUUGUGACAGUCUAAAGAUAAUAGAUUCAAAAUAAUACUGACAAUUGAAGCAAUUUAGAAUGUACGUAUGUACUUGAACAUAAGCUAUAAUAUUGUUAUUUUGAUUGUGACUUCGAUACCUAUAAUUUAUUUGUGUUUAAAAUGAGAGUGUAUAUGUUAAUGAAGUUCUUAAUUUAUAAUAGUGAGAGUAAAGUGAUUGUGUGUUAGUCAACUAGUGAAUAGCCGAGACCUGUAUGUUGUUUAGUAAAAUGACUGUAUGUAACGCAUGUAAUGUAAAACUGUACAGAAUGCACAAAAUGUGUAUAGCAAAAUACGAUAUGAAGUAAUUAAAAAUAUUGUUCAACAUGCGUAACAGAAUCAUA